AAAAAUGUAAAACAAAAACAUUUAGUUCUUUGUUUUGCUACGACGGAGAAUUUUUUAAUCAUUUUCAAUCCUAAAUUAAACAAUUUAAAACGAAAAUUAACAAAUAAAAACUGAAGCUGCAGCACUGCCACAAGUGAAAGCAUUUGAGGAUAAUUAAAUGUUGGUGAUGAUGACAUUGGCAUAAACAAUACAAGAAAAAGAAAAAAAUAACAAGACUUCUGGAUAAGAGGAGAGUGAAAACGGAUAUGUAAAAGAGAAAUAGUGUGAGAGUGGGUUUGAAAACAAUACGAAGUUGAGAACAAGUUGUUAGGAAAAGAACCAGCAAAAAUAAAAUUUGAAGAAAUAAUUUCAUUUGUAACAUGUUACAGUGAUAGACAUUUUGCUGUCUAGAUAGAGAUUAAAUUUAGCAAGAUUAUUGCUAGAUUACAUGAAAUUUGGUCCAGCUGUUUGUUGUUGAUUUUCAACAAUAACAGCUAUUGGGCUAUUGGUGGCAGUGUUCUACUACUACUGUUGGUAACGACUCUACACAUACUGGCUCACUUACCUUGGUUCAAGACACAUCCUGAAGACCUCUAUCGUCGUAGUCGUCGACUUUAUUACUUGAGACUACAGUGCAUCGCCAAUAUUGAUCAAUUCAUAGAUUUCUACACUAAUGUUUCACGCAAAAUGGACAGUGUGUUUGAAGCAUACUUAGGUCCGGAUGGCGUUUUAGCCGGAGCAGUAGUUGGUGCUGUGGCCGGUGCCACCGGUGAACCAGAUGAUAUACCCAAAGUUAAUACUACAGUUUGGAUUUUGGGCAAAAGUUAUAAUGCCAUACAAGAGUUGGAACUAAUACGUCGCGAUGUUCAGUCACGUCUGUGGUGUACAUAUCGUCGGGGUUUUGUACCGCUAGGCGAACCUCAGUUGACUACCGACAAAGGUUGGGGCUGUAUGUUGCGUUGUGGCCAAAUGGUUUUGGCUCAAGCACUCAUCGAUUUGCAUUUGGGCCGUGAUUGGUAUUGGACAACUGAAACAAGAGAUUCAACAUAUUUGAAAAUUGUUAAUCGUUUCGAAGACUCAAGGAAAAGUUAUUUUUCCAUACAUCAAAUUGCCUUAAUGGGAGAUUCGGAGGAUAAGAAGGUGGGCCAAUGGUUUGGUCCGAAUACUGUGGCACAAGUGCUCAAAAAAUUAGUUCGUUACGAUGACUGGUGCAGUCUAACGAUCCAUGUAGCUAUGGACAAUACUAUCGUCAUAGAUGACAUUAUUUCACUAUGUUUGACAAAUCCCAAAAAUGAUGAAUCGUGGAAACCUUUGUUACUUAUACUACCCCUACGUCUAGGACUUAGUGACAUUAAUCCCAUUUAUAUACCCGCUUUAAAGAAAUGCUUUGAGCUGGUGGGAAAUUGUGGCAUGAUUGGUGGAAGACCUAAUCAGGCACUUUAUUUUCUGGGCUAUGUGGAUGAUGAAGUUUUAUUUUUGGAUCCUCAUACAACACAAAGAUCGGGAGGGGUGGGUCAGAAAACUACACAAGAUGAGAUUGAUUUCGAUGAAACAUUUCAUCAGAAAUAUGCGGGUAGAAUACAAUUUACCCAAAUGGAUCCGUCGUUGGCUGUGUGUUUCCUCUGUAAAUCUCGUAUGUCAUUUGAUAUUCUAUUGGAGAACUUAAAAAAUCAGGUGCUAACAGCCAGCACUCAACCAUUAUUUGAAAUUACUAAAACUCGUUCACCGGAAUGGGUGUCGAGCAUGACAGGUAUAAUGGCUUCUACUAAUACCACAUAUCAUUAUCCUUCUCUUGUUUUAAACGACUCCAACAACUGUCUAGACACUGUAACAGAAACAGUAACAGAUAGAGAUACAACAGAACACUGUUAUAAUUCUUAUGAAGAAGUAGCCAGUGAUUUAAAUACUUCCUAUAUUACAUACACAACAACUUCAUCAGAUGAUUUAAUAAGUUAUAGUUCGGCACGAACUAUAAGUUGUGGUGAUACAGAAGAUUUCGAAAAUGUUAAUCACUCAUCUGUGGAUGCCAAACGACGUACUUGCUGUGAUGAUAAAGAAGGUUCCGAUGAUGAUUUUGAAUUUAUAUCCUAGUUUAAAUUAAUUUUAACUUUUUUCAAAAUGGAAUUUUAACUUAAAUAAUUAUUUCUAUUAAAGUUUUAAUUUUAUUUUUUCUAUUUCUUUUAUACAUACAUGUAA